AUGUUAGCAACGCCAUCGCAAACGAAAAAACAAACAAACAGACCUACUUCUCAACAGGGCGCCCGCGAAAGUCCUGAAACGUACCCUUUUCUCUCGCUUGCUGGCUCGAACAUAUAUACAUUGUGCGGCAAGUAG